AUGUCCACCGCCCGCCCACAAUACGUGAUCGAGCAUAUGGAGGAGGACGAUCCCUCCGCGCCCUCCGUCUUUCCCGCCUGGGCGCUGCUCGAGUACCGUCAUAUGCUCCAGCUCGUCGGACCGGGCUCUACCGUUCACUUUACCUCGCUCUCGCACGCCUCGCUCGAGUCUCUCCGCACGGAACUCUCUUCCUCCACCUCACAAGAGCAAGCAUCGUUCGAGCUGCACACGGCGAGCAUCACGACGCUGAUGCAGCAGCGCGGGGUGCCGCUGUCCAAAGUGUGCUUGUUGGACCCCAAAGCGCCGUUCGCUAUCUCCAUCACCGACGCAGGGAAGGUCGAAAGCGUCACAAAGCCAGCCGACGCAGGCGGACCCUUCGACUUCUUCCUCUACGGCGGCAUUCUCGGCGACGACCCACCGAGAGAUCGUACCAGCUCGCUGCGCCAACUCGGUUUCCCGGGAAGACAUCUCGGCGGCGUGCAGAUGACCACCGACACCGCGCUCGGCGUAACAAAGAGGUGCGUGGAAGACGGCCUCGUGCUGGCGCUGGACGACACCAAGGCGCAAGAGGUGCAAUGGGGAGAUGUCGAAAAAGCAAAGGGGAGCCUGGAAUGGGUCAACUACCCCGAAUUGCACUUUGGUAGGGGGGAGAGCGUCGAGAUGCCCUUCCGGUAUAUGGUCGAUGAGGGACGGGCGACGUUGGCGAGUGGGGAAAAGCAGCCGCUCAUGCCGGACGGGAUGAGGGAGCUGAUCAAGAAGGAUUUGGGGAGGAGUUUCGAGUUCUGA